CCGUGCCCCCCUCGGCCGCCCUGGGCUCCCGGAGCAGCCCCGGCCAUGGGCUGCUGCUACAGCAGCGACAAUGAGGACUCCGACCAGGAGCGUGAAGAGCGGAAGUUACUGCUGGACCCCAGCAGCCCCCCGACCAAGGCCCUGAACGGCACCGAGCCCAACUACCACAGCCUGCCCUCCGCCCGCACGGAUGAGCAGGCCCUCCUCUCCUCCAUCCUGGCCAAGACCGCCAGCAACAUCAUCGACGUGUCCGCCGCGGAUUCACAAGGCAUGGAGCCGCACGAAUACAUGGACCGGGCGCGGCAGUACAGCACUCGCCUGGCAGUGCUGAGCAGCAGCCUGACGCACUGGAAGAAGCUCCCCCCGCUGCCGUCCCUCACCAACCAGCCCCACCUGGUGCUCGCCAGUGACCCGGUGUCCCUUACCGAUCUGCAGCAGGUUUCCAGGAUAGCCGCUUACGCCUACAGUGCCCUUUCCCAGAUCCGGGUCGACGCGAAAGAGGAGCUGGUUGUACAGUUCGGGAUCCCCUGAGGAAUGGCUCCCACCUCGGCCCCAGAGCUGCCCUCCCCCCAGCUCCCUCUCUCCCUCACCGCCCCUUCCCCGCUGCAGAGCUUGUACAGAAAGAAACCUUAUUUACUACUAAUCCCCGGGAGCGGGCGCGGAUGAGCCGGGCGUGACCUGACCCGGCCGGAGGCCGGCGUGCGCGUGUACGCGUCUGCACGCGGGCCCGGGAUAAGCGCGCCGAACUCCCCGGCCCGUCGGCCGGGCCCCGGUGUGCUGCGGGGCCGGGGUCUCAGGAGGCUGGCGGUGGCCUUUCGUUUACCGGGGGCCCGGAGGCCCGCGGUGACUUUGAACGGGUGAGUGGCUCCGGGGGAGACGGAACCGGUUAUGUGCAUCUCUCACCCCUGCAGGACUCUUCCCCGGCGGCCCCCUUUUAUUUUCACUGUGGUUCUCCACCUUCGAUAAAGACGUGUAUGUAUCGUG